CGGCUGCGCGUCGGUGGCAGUGGCGCGCCGCGCUCAUGGCAGGCAACAUCGUCGCCGAGUGGCUGCGCUCGCUGCGACUCGGACAGUACGCAGAGUCGUUCCUCGACAACGGCUAUGACGACCUGGAGAUUUGCAAACAGGUCGGCGACCCCGACCUGGACGCCAUCGGCGUCCUCGACCCCACGCACCGCGCGCUGCUGCUGCACUCGGUGCGCACGCUGCGCGAGCAGGGCGCCGCGUCCGUCUACUUCACGCUCGAGGAGACGACUGCGGCCGCCGCCGCCGCGCUCGCCGCCGCGUCCUCCACGCCGCCCCCGCCGCCCCCGUCAGCCUCGACACCGCCCCCUCCGGCGCCGCAACAACAGCAACAACCACCGCAGCAGCAACAACAGCAGCAGCAGUCACAACAACAGACUCUGGUGGCGUCUUUCGACGACAUCAAGGAGGCGCCGCUGUCUGGUCAGCAGACGCGCGGCCUGCUGGGUCCCAAGUACGCCGACGAGUACGAGGAGGGCAAGGCGGAGCUGGUGAAGAUCCCGCGGAUGCAACUGAAGCGGCUGCUGAAGGACCGCGUGGCGCAGGACGGCAUCAGGCUCAGCAAUCAGCCGUACUCCACCUCGGUAAGUCUUCGCCGCCACGCGCGCCGCGCCGCGCCGCGCCGCCCCGCGCCGCCCCGCGCCCAGACACUUGUGGACGCGGCACGUGCUCCGCGCCUGUCAUUCUGCUGUCACUCGCCGCAUAUCAGCCGGACAAUAUCAGACAAGUGUGUACGGUUGCAAAGAGACAGCCGUCAGCUAGUACUAGCUAGUGUUGAUGGCUACAACUAG